AUGAGCCACUCAAACUUGCUACGGUCGGUGACAGGCCUCUCCCGUCGUUUUAUCGCCACUCGCAACACUCCCCAUAUUCGACAAAUGAGCGUGCAGAUACCGCGCGAAACCACACCCGUUGUAUAUCAAUCGUCCUUGGAAACGAUUGAUGCCAGAAAAUCAGAUGGAAACGUACGAUUUCCGAGGAGCGUUCAAGCCUUGUACUUGAAGCCUUUACGCCGCGAAGCCCAUUUCGGUAUCCCAUCAUGCGACCUGCAACUACGAUCUUACAGCAUUCGUAACCUCGAGUUUUUUUGCGACUUCGCCUUGCGAGCGGCGUACUACCUUGAUUUGCCUGCCUUCGGCCCCGUUCCGCUGCCUCGUAUAACGGAACGUUGGACUGUCCCGAGGAGUAGUUUCAUCUUCAAGAAGUCGCAGGAGAAUUUCGAGAGGAUAACACUUCGGCGCUUGAUCCAGAUCCGGGAUGGAAACCCGGAAUCCGUACAGCUCUGGCUGGCCUUUCUGCAGAAGCAUGCUUACUACGGAAUUGGCAUGAAGGCCAACGUUUGGGAGUUUAGCCCAACGGGUCUCGGAAAGUCAAUGGCAGAAGUCACUGAUGGUGUGUCGCAGAGCAUUGGUUCGAAAUGGGAACAUCUUGCGCAGCACAAGACAAUGGGAACAAUGAAAAAGGUGGAGGAGAUACUCGCUAGUCGGAAAUUCACAGCUACAAGGCAGGAUUAA